AUGUCUGUUGUCGGUAUUGAUUUUGGUGCGCAGAGCACCAAGAUCGGUGUUGCCAGAAACAAGGGCAUAGAUAUUAUCACCAACGAGGUGUCUAACCGUCAAACUCCCUCCCUCGUCGGUUUCAGCGCUCGCAGCAGACACAUCGGUGAGGCCGCUAAGACACAGGAGACCUCCAACCUCAAGAACACUAUCGGAUCUUUGAAGCGCCUCAUUGGCCGCUCUUUCGACGACCCCGAUGUCCAGAUCGAGCAGAAGUUCAACACCCCCGCCAUCAUCGAUGUCAAUGGUCAGGCCGGUGUUGAGGUUAACUACCUCGGAAAGAAGGAGAAAUUCACCGCGACACAGCUGGUUGCUAUGUACUUGACUAAGAUCAAGGACACGGCCUCGAAGGAACUGAAACUCCCUGUCUCUGAUGUCACAAUCAGUGUGCCUGCUUGGUUCACCGAUGUCCAGCGCCGGGCUAUGAUCGAUGCCGGCGAAAUCGCCGGUCUUAAUGUUCUCCGCCUGGUCAACGACACCACCGCUACUGCUCUCGGAUACGGUAUCACCAAGAUGGACCUGCCCGGCCCUGAGGAGAAGCCUCGCCGCGUGGUCUUCGUCGACAUUGGUGCCAGUGACUACACAGCGACUGUGGUUGAGUUCCGCAAGGGUGAGCUCAAUGUUAAGUCGACCGCUUACGAUCGCCACUUCGGUGGUCGGGACUUUGAUUUGGCUCUGACCGAGCGCUUCGCCGAUGAGUUCAAGGAAAAGUUCAAGAUCGACAUCCGCACGAACGGUAAGGCCUGGUCUCGCACCGUGGCCGCUGCUGAGAAGAUGAAGAAGGUUAUGUCUGCCAACCCUCAGGCUCCUAUGAGCAUUGAGUCUCUGAUGGAGGACACCGAUGUCCGCGCCAUGGUCAAGCGUGAUGAGCUUGAGGACAUGGUCCGCCCCCUCCUUGACCGAGUCACCGUUCCCUUGGAGCAGGCUCUCGCCGAGGCUAAGCUCACUGUUGACGACAUUGACUACAUUGAGAUGGUGGGUGGCUGCACGCGUGUCCCUGCUAUCAAGGAAGCCGUCUCCAAGUUCUUCGGCAAGAACCUUUCCUUCACUCUCAACCAGGAUGAGGCCAUCGCCCGUGGAUGUGCUUUCUGCUGUGCCACUCUCUCCCCCGUUUUCCGCGUUCGGGAUUUCGCCAUCCACGACAUCGUCAACUACCCCAUCGACUUCACCUGGGAGCAGUCUCCCGAUAUCCCUGAUGAGGACACCAGCCUUACCGUCUUCAGCCGUGGCAACGUGAUGCCCUCGACCAAGAUCCUCACUUUCUACCGCAAGCAGCCCUUCGACCUGGAGGCCCGCUACUCCAAGCCCGAGGCUCUUCCCGGAAAGGUCAACCCCUGGAUUGGCCGCUUCUCCGUGAAGGGCGUCAAGGCCGAUGCUAAUGACGACUUCAUGAUCUGCAAGCUCAAGGCCCGUCUUAACCUGCACGGUAUCCUUAACGUCGAGUCUGGUUACUACGUUGAGGACAUGGAAGUUGAGGAGCCCAUUCCUGAGGAGGGUGACAAGAAGGACGGUGACGCUAUGGACACCGACAAGCCCGAAGAGCCCAAGACCCGCAAGGUUAAGAAGCAGGUCCGCAAGGGUGACUUGCCUAUUGCUUCCGGUACUGGCGGCCUCGAUGAGGCUACCAAGGCUGCGCUCCAGGAGCGUGAGAACGCCAUGUACAUGGAAGACAAGCUUGUCGCCGAGACCGACGAGAAGAAGAACGAGCUCGAGGCUUCUAUCUACGAGCUUCGUGACAAGAUCGACGGUGUCUACGCCGAGUUCGCCAGCGAAGAGGAAAAGGAGAAGCUGCGCGCCAAGCUGAUGGCCACCGAGGACUGGCUCUACGAGGAGGGCGAGGAUACCACCAAGUCCGUCUACGUUGCCAAGAUGGAUGACAUCCGCUUCAUCGCCGGUCCUAUCAUCCAGCGUUACAAGGAGAAGAUCGAAGCCGAGCGCGAGGCCGUCCGCAAGGCUGAGGAGGAGGCCGCCGCCAGGAAGCGUGCCGAACUCGAAGCUAAGAAGAACGCCGAGGCUGAGGCCAAGAAGGCCGAAGAGGAGGCCAAGAAGGGCGCUGAGGGCGAUGCCGAGAUGAAGGAUGCCCCUGCCGAGGGUGAGGCCCAGGGCGAGGCUGAGAAGCAGUAG